AUGGUGUUCCCAGCCUUUUACACAUGGAACAUGCUUAUAGCCUUAUCCUGGGUAAAAUCAGUUAUCUUCAGCGACGACAAUGCGGUAGAGACGUAGACUUUGACGUUGACAUUCAUCGACGUCCCAUAUAUAAGGACGUCAAACAAUGAUCUAGCUGAACUGUUCUCACUUGAACCCGUUUUCUCCCCCUCCUCCGUUAGUAGCGAAUCUUUGUGCUAACCGCUGGCAUUGUAGCAUUAAUGUCAAACGAUAAGAUUCUCGGGAUCGUCGUAAUCGCUCGACAUGGCGAUCGCCAAGGAUUCUAUCAGGAUCCUGACUCUUACACUGCUUCCGCGACGUCGAUCACUCCUUUGGGGGAGAAACAAGAGUCUCAGUUAGGCUCACUCUUGCGUUCACUGUAUUUGGACGCAUCUUCUCCUACGUACAUCCAGGGGAUUAGCAAUUCGACUUCAUUGUUCCAACAAUCUCAGGUUGCAGUCCGUGCUGAUGCUGGAGGAGAGGGAGGAGUCAUAUUCGACAGUGCUGUUGCCUUGCUUCAAGGAUUGUGGCCUCCUACGCCAUUAUCGAGCACGAUUCUUGCCAAUGGAAACAACAUCACCAGUCCUUUGAACGGAUAUCAGUUUGUUCCGAUUGAAAGUGUUGAGCCAAAUGAGGACGUUUCAUUAGAGGGUUUCACCUCUUGCAACACUUUGAACGAUCACAUUGCCGCGUUCUAUGAUUCCCCGGCAUUCCUUGAGAAAGCAAAUCAGAGCGCGUCCUUCCUGUCGCAGCUUCAUUCAUACUUGGACGGUAGGGCAGUUACAUUGGAGAACAUGUGGAAUAUCUACGACUAUAUGAAUGUGCAAUCCAUCCAUGACGCCAAUUUCGCUAGCCGUCUUCCUCCAACCUUCCUCGCUCGAGCUCGUGAUUUGGCGAACUUCCAUGAGUACGGCGUGUUCAGCGACAGCCAGGCCAACGGGAUCGGAAACAUCGCGGCCCGUACAAUGCUGCCCUCCAUCCUCACCGCCUUCCAGCGUAUUGCCAAUGCUUCUGACCCACUGAGGUUGCACUACUCUUCCAUCUCUUACAAGCCAUUCUUGAGCUUAUUCAACAUGACUGGCCUCGUUCAAUCUGGGGAAGUCGAAGCUGGAAUUGUCAACUACGUAGCUGCUGUUGUCUUCGAAGUUCGCCAACCGGCGUCAGGCGAUGAACCAGUUCUCCGCUUUAACUUCAAGAACGGAUCCGACGAUACCUCUUUCCAUAGUCAUGACCUCCAUUUCUCUGGCUGGAACGGAGAUGGAGACGUCCCUCUUGCAACCUUCAUUAACGCGUUCCAACCUGUAGCUGUUAACACCACCUUGGAUUGGUGCAAUGUCUGCGGACAGACUACUGAUAGAGGUUGUGCUGCACUCCUCGGUGCAUCUUCUUUUGGUUCACACCAUGAUAGGAUUAGUCCUGUUGGUGCCGGUUUCCUAGGUGCAGGCUUGACUGCCGCUGUCAUGUUGGCUGCUUUAGGGGUAUUGCUCUUCCUUGGGUUCUUGACCUUUGGUAGAGGCAGACGUAACGCGAAGGAUUCUCAUGCAAGGGUUCAUUCCGAUGCCGGUUCUGAGUCGAACUCGAUCGGCAAGGCCGCAUGAAGGUUAGAUGUUCCUAUCCGAGUGAAUGAUUGCGAAAUGACUUGAUGAAGUUGUACGAAAUUUACGACAAAUGUAUCCUGAAUGAAGCUCGGGAAGUUUCACAUGUUGAAAGUGCACAAACUAAAGGAGUACAUACGGUUCUCUCCAGUAUCUGCUGUAUUAACAGUGCGCCAUAUUAAGAGGAUUAGAUGUAUUAUGGCCAUUGGUAAUCGUCGUUCACUUCUUCGGCUCGGAACAGCGAUUCAUGAUCAGAACGCUCGUGGAAGAUAUCUUGAGGUAUUUGUCAGUUCAUAUAUUCUGCCAAAAGAGUGUCAGCACAAGGGAGUACGUACCGCUGUCAUCUGUAUGUUUGCUUGACGUCGUAUCCCAGUCGCUUUCGUCCUCCGGAUAAUCGUUCUUGUAGGAGUCUUCCGCUGAACAAAUUGAACAAUGAGCAAUGUGCCUAUAUUCAGAUUCGAAACUUACCAUUGGAAUCUUCAUCUUCC